AGGGCCCGGGCAGCCGGAGAGCGGCCGGGCGCCCCGCGGGGAGGCUGGACGGCCCGGGCUCGGCCGAGGGUGCUGCUCCGCCGCCGGCGGGCACCAUGGCAUCGCUGGCCGACCGGGUCCGGGGCAACGGGCGCAUCGCCGCCGGGCUCCUGUUCAACUUGCUGGUGUCCAUCUGCAUCGUGUUCCUCAACAAAUGGAUCUAUGUACACCACGGCUUCCCCAAUAUGAGCCUGACCCUGGUGCACUUCGUGAUCACCUGGCUGGGCUUAUACAUCUGCCAGAAACUGGACAUCUUCGCCCCCAAAAGUCUGCCGCUCUCCAAGCUCCUCCUCCUGGCCCUCAGCUUCUGCGGCUUUGUGGUCUUCACCAACCUUUCUCUACAGAACAACACCAUAGGCACCUAUCAGCUGGCCAAGGCCAUGACCACGCCGGUGAUCAUAGCCAUCCAGACCUUCUGGUACCAGAAGAGCUUCUCCAUCCGAAUACAGCUCACGCUGAUUCCUAUAACUGUAGGUGUAAUCCUAAAUUCUUAUUACGAUGUGAAGUUUCAUUCCCUUGGAAUGGUGUUCGCUGCCCUUGGUGUGUUAGUUACAUCCCUUUAUCAAGUGUGGGUAGGAGCCAAGCAGCAUGAGCUCCAAGUGAAUUCCAUGCAGCUGCUGUACUACCAGGCGCCCAUGUCGUCUGCCAUGCUGCUGGUGGCAGUGCCCUUCUGUGAGCCAGUGUUUGGAGACGGAGGAAUAUUUGGUCCCUGGUCGGUCUCUGCUUUGCUUAUGGUACUGCUGUCUGGAAUAAUCGCUUUCAUGGUGAACUUAUCGAUUUAUUGGAUCAUCGGGAACACAUCGCCAGUCACCUACAACAUGUUCGGACACUUGAAGUUCUGCAUCACCCUGUGCGGAGGAUACAUCUUGUUUAAGGACCCACUGUCCGUUAGCCAGGGCCUCGGCAUCUUGUGUACACUGUUCGGCAUCCUCACCUACACCCACCUGAAACUCAGCGAACAGGAAGUGAGCAAGAGUAAGCUGGUCCAGCGGCCCUGAGCACUCACGGAAAAGAAAGACUAGAGACCUCAAAUGCCUAAGUCCGUGGAAAGGCUACAGGUGUUUUCUUCUCAAAGAUGACUGCCUCCCAUCAAUUGGAUUUGCUAAAACCAAAGUGGUCCACGCUUCUUUUCCAAGUCUUCAUGAAGCUGCAGCUGUCACUCAGUGUUUGCCAAGCAUGCAUCAGACCCUGGGCUCAAACCCCAGCACCUUCAAAGAAAUGAUAGGAGCUACAUGUAAGAUGGUUUCAUCCUACUGACUAAAGUACAGGGAAGUUCGGUUCCCUAGGAAUGGCAAAGCGUGUGCGCUCCAGCGCUACAGGCGCGCCCUGGCAUCCGGUCGCGUUCACGCUCUCCCCAGGAA